CCUGGAUUGCAUGAAACCUUAUCGGUGGACCCCAUGGGCAUGGGUUCUGAAGUAGACAGAAGUCAGAGACGUGUUCCGUCUCGAGGGAGGCCGAGAAAGAUGGUGGCAAGGAUGCCACCAGAUUCUGAGUCUUCUCGACCGAGAUCUCAACAAGAAAUGAGCAUGCGGGCAAGGGAAAGGAGCAUGCAAUCAAGUCAAAUGGUUUCUGGGGCUUCAAGUCUCAACAAUCGAAACAGCAUGCAGCAGUUAGCUGCGGCUGCACAUGGUUUGCCACAUGUAGAUAUGGGAUGGAACAUGCAGGGAGGAUCAAGCAUACCGCGCUUUGGAGAGUGGUCUGGUUUUACUUCGCAUGCUGUCUCGAAUCAGCCUGGAGGAGGCGUUGGGCCAAGUAGCUGGAACCACUCGUUUACCAGGGGCCCACCUCAGCAAUCGUCCCAGAGCCAGUGGGGCAGCAGUAGCUUCUCUGGGGCAGGUGGGCACUUCAACAGUGUCGAUCCAGGCGGUGCUGUCUUAUUCUCAGGUGGACAAUCGAGCAGUAGCUCCAUGUUUCAAGUCCCUGGGAGCCCGUGGUACCCCCGAGACCUCCGCGACCCUUGAGUGUAGUCUGUGGCAGAGCUGUGCACUGUUGAAUGCAUUCCAGUGGGCGCGACAAGUUGAAGGAAGAUAUCUGAUCUUUAAUAUACAACAACUUGAGCUC